GGUAAGCAAGAAAAGCCAAGAAAAAACAAACAAAAAAAUCAUCCAUCACAUGAAUGGUCAUUCCAAAAAUUAAUUAAAAAUCCCAAAAAAAAUCUCUACUUCUUUGUCGUCCAUUUGGCCUAAUAUAUCAAGAUGUCUGGCCGAGAGGGUGGCAAGAAGAAGCCUCUGAAGCAGCCUAAAAAGGACUCAAAAGAACUGGACGAGGAUGAUGUAGCACUCAAGCAAAAACUCAAAGAGCAGCAAAAGGCUUUGCAGAGCCAUAUCACAAGCCAGGCUGAUGAAGUUAUCAGACGGAAAGGAAAAAAAGAAGCCAAAGCUAAAGCUGCACAAAAGGGUCCUUUGGUGAGCGGCGGCAUAAAGAAAUCUGGCAAAAAGUGACAAAGUCAAGAAAGAUUAUUUCCAUUUGUAUUUAAUUACUAGGCUAAAAUUUUUAAUGUAAGACUUUACCUUUGCUUGCUGAAUAACCGACGACAAUCUUUGGCUGAAUGUUUAAAACUUUAUGCUAAAAAAGUUCAACUGAAGGUUAUUUUUCAUACAUAUUAAUAGAACAGCCUCAAUUGUGCACUGCCAUUUGGUGUGCCUUUUAAAUCUCAAGACAAUGUAAUAUUCAACAAUGCCCCAUGCAUUUGUUUCUAAAUAUAAUAAAAUGU